AUGCCACCGAAACAACCCAGAGCUGAUUCCGACACCAUCUAUCGCUCAGAAACGCCAUUACGGCAGAAGAAGUUCCCCAGUCGACGACGUACUGUACGUACGUCCGGCGUCAGUACUCCAGCUCCGCUGCGCCAGCAGUCCACUCUGACCCAACAACCACACUGGACCGUAUCGCGGACUCCGCCAGGUGCUGAACUCGAAGAUGAAGUCGAGGAUGAAGACGGGGACUAUGAAGAGGAUGAGCUGGAGAGGUCGAGACCUAGAAGGAAGAAGAGAAAGAGUGAGGGAGACGGCAGGAAACAGACAACCUUGACACAAUACGUCCCAUCCUCUUUCAUCGGCGAACGCUACGACGGGCUGGCUGAUCGCCUGCUACAAUUCGUGGGACCCGACACUUUCGAUGGUGUUCGAGAUUCUCAGUCGAAACCAGCACACGACAGUCAUGAUGACCAUCUGCCAGCAGAAGUACACGCAAUCGAAAACGCAACUGCAAUCCCAGUUGCAGACGAAGACGUAGAGAUGCAACAAGACGAGGAAAAGCAAAGUCAGAGGACACAGCCUAGCUCGGAACAAGGCGAGGAAAGAGUUGACUCGGCCUUUGCGAAGCAACAGGCGCGAUUGCGUCCAAGUCCGGAGUUGCCUAUAUCUGCUAUGAAUCUAAGGACGCCGAGGAGAAAAUUCAUGUCCGAGAUUCCAUCAUCCAAUACUCCACAGAGCGCCAUCAUAUCUAUUUGCUCGGCCAAGACGAUGCGCUCACCUGAGCGUUCACCUUUACGGAACAAAAGUAACAACGCAUUCUCGCAACAUCACGCUGUCGAGGAUUCCCGAAUGAGUCCUGUUCCUGAGAGUCCUACGAAGCCCAUCUCUCCCUUCCGUCUAUCACCGCUCAAGAAUCGACCCACUUUCCGUGUACCAGACAAGCCUCCUACACUCCAGCAUCGCAGUACUAUUCCAGACUCUGAAGACACGGCCACUCAAGUGACUCCAUUCAAGCAAAAUAAGUUCCGCAGCCAGAUACCUGAUACCCAGAUGGAGAUGUUUGGCGAAGAAAUUGCUCCUGUCACUGAGACACAAUUUCCAGUUGACAACUAUACUCAAUAUGUUGGAGGAACAUAUUACGCCGAGAACGAUGAUUACGACUACAACUUCGAUCCGGUCUGCAGUGCUUUGGACCGCGAUGCCGCCCGUUUUCUGCAAACGCAGUUGCAACGAGAUCGCCUCGACUACGAAGCUUUUCACAAGAGCCGAAGCUUCUCUCAAGCUGAGCAAGAUCGAGCCGAAAAAGAACACGAACCAAAACAGGUCGAAAAGAAUCUAGAAACCAAUUUGGUCACAAAGCAGCAGUCCCAAGAACUCGGCGAUGAACUGCCUGUGCCAACUUCACGCCCUGAGCCGAUUGAGCAAGACUUUGAGGAUCCUCCUACUCAAUCACCACGGUCAUCCCCUCAACAGCCUCCACGAGUGCUCUAUGAGUCGGACGAAAUAGAGGAGAUAGACUUGUCGGGUGACAUUGUCCUACCAAGAACGAUGAUGAGNGAGGUGAUACAGAUUGCCUCCUCUCCGAACAGCAAGAGUGUCAGUAGCGGAAAGUAUCCGUCUUCGCCACCUCUAGUUGUCGAGAACGAUGCACGUCUUCGCGCAGAAGCCGAAGCUGAAGAGCAGCUGAAAAAUACCGAACGCCAUUCAUCUCCACCUCUACCAAUUAUCUUAUCAAUACCACCUUCGCAGGUCAGUACGGUUGGCGGUACGCAGCUGUUUCAUUCGCUCAGGAAGCACACUCAGAAGACUGCGUACGUGAGUAGUAGUCCACCGCCUAUGCCGCCUUCCACAUCUUCGCCACCACCUGAAGCAAAACAACAUCUCAGAAGGUUCCUUGAGAUGUACCCUUCAGACGAUGAGGACGAGAUAGACGAGGAUGAGCCACAACCACCCCUUUACGACGAAGAUGAGGAUGAUAUGGAUCUUGACUUUGUACCUCAACGAUACCAAGACAGAAGUCCCGAAGUGGAAAGUGACAAUGAGGACGAGUCGGAGGAUGAGGGUGAUCACUCAAAACUCAGAGACAUAUUGCCUGAUACUCUACUCGACUUCUCUUUGCCACCGCCGCCGACACAGAGUUCAGUGAGAAGUUCAAGAUCUGGACGACCUGAUUUGAACUGA